GUCACACAACAGCAGCUCUGCGUCAGAACUGCGUCAGAACAGACGCUUAACAAGCUGACGCAUAAGCUGACGGCGCUGCUGACGCGUGCAGUCCUUGUGCUGUGUUUGGAGACAGCCAUGGUCGAGAUGAAACGCAUGUUGGAGAGGUGGAGCCAAGCUCCAUCUUGAGACACUGAACCAUGGGCAAGGCCAAAGUGAAAGAGCCGAAAGAAGUCAAGGUCAAAGAAGUUGAGAAGGACUCCAAGCCCAAGCUUUGGCUGUGGUUUCUGGCUGGGGCGAUUGUAGCGGUUGUUGCUGGGUGGCUGGUGAGCACCAAUAGUGCCAGCAGUUCGCCAAGCACUUCUACGAGCACCACCAGUGUGGCUAACAGCCAAGGCGCCGCGGAGCAGCCGCGGCCCCACCCGCGGUCUUCUUCGUCGCGCCCACGAGAGGCAACCACCACAUCUCGGUCACAGAACCAUGAGCUCCGACCAGUGGAGGAGUCCUUGCGCUGGACACCAAAGACCAUUUCGGUGGUCCUCCCUUGUGCUGGAGAAGGUUUGUUUGCCAAAAAGACGGUGGAAUCGGUGUCACGGUCGGUGCCGGGUGGCAUCGCUGGUGGCAUCUUGGAGGAUAUCGUGGUGGUGGAUGAUGGUAGCAAGCCACCUUUGAGCGAGGAGUUCCUGACGGCGAAGUUUCAGAAGAAGUACCCCUUGAAGCUGGUGCGCCAUGAGUCGCCAGUAGGGCUCAUGGGUGCCAAGUCGGCAGGUGCAAGCCAGGCGGCUGGGGACGUGAUCGUCUUCUUCGAUUGUCAUGUGGCGCCACAGGAGGACUGGUAUCAAAAGUUCUUGGACGGCAUCAGAGACAACUAUCGACGGAUUGUCGUUCCUGUCAUUACCAACUUAGACAUCGACACCUGGAAAGAGGUGAAUCGAAAUCAAGGCAUGGCCAAGUGUUAUCUCACCUGGGAUGCCGACUUCAAGUGGGUAGAGAGCACCUCACCCUACAUGCCCGUCUUGUCGGGUGGCCUCUUAGGGAUCUCCCGACGUUGGUGGAACGAAACGGGAGGCUAUGAUGAGGGCAUGUCUGGAUGGGGCGGUGAGAAUGUGGAUCAGUCCUUGCGUUCGUGGCUCUGUGGGGGGGAGAUCGUCUCUUUGUCCGACGCCUUCGUGGCACACAUGUGGCGCAAGAACGAAGAUCCCCGAACUAAACAGAACUACGCGGUCUCCGGGCUGGAUUCCAUCAGGAACAAGGCCAGAGCAGUCCUGGCGUGGUACGACGAGUAUCGAGAAAAGGCCGCGGAGUAUCCCACCAUGCAGUACGUGGGCCUUUUGUCUGGACAAAGCAAACAGGUGGAGAUGAACCAAGACGUCAGCAAUUUUGAGGAGGUGAAAAAGCGCUUGCACUGUCGACCCUUCGCCUGGUUUCUGUGGCGCUUUCGUGACAUCUAUGUCGAGGGUGGCUUGCUUCCGAAGGAGGUCUUCAAACUUCGCGAGGUGAACUCCGGCUACUGCCUCACCUUCCUGGGCCCGAUGGGAACGCAUCCGCAGGGACGAGGAUCAGCCACGUUGUUGCCCUGCGACCUACCGUUGAGCAACUUCCGGGGGCUUCAUGGAGAGGGACAAAAAUGGCACGCGCGGAAUCGAGAUCCAGCGACCGGGAAAUGUUGCUCAGCCAUCGGGAGUUGGAACACGGACCAGUGCUUGUUGCAACCUUCUGACGGCCCCAAGGAGACCGAUGGUAUGGUGACCACGCUGGUCUGUGACGUCUCUGGGCGUCAGGUGCCACCAUGGAACUUCGUUUCCGGGGACUCCUCAGGAGAGACUGGUCGUUUGAUGUUUGGCACCCAAGCUCGCCAUGCUCAAUGCCUGCUGUGGGACAAGAAAGGAGGCGAAAUUGAUUUAGGCGGUAGCAAAGGAUCCGCGCUGAAAGCUCUCAAGUUGAAGCUGGGGAGGUGCAAGAAAUCCACCUGGGAGAAGAUCGAGGUGACGGUCCCCAUCGAAACCAAGCUCUACGAAGAGGCGCUCCAAGGAGAUCCCUCGCUCUUCAAGGAAUGAGCGGGGACCUGGGACCGGGCGACGAUUCGGGCGGACAAAGGGCUGCCCUUCUCCGCGUGACUCCUCCGAAUGAAUCGCUGUUCCGCCCGCCUGGCGCGCGGCGCUUCGCGCCGAAUCC